AUGUCAUCGGACGGAGAAUUCACAAGAACCCAAAUCUUUGGCACGGUCUUUGAAAUAACCAACAGAUACACCGACUUGAACCCCGUGGGCAUGGGAGCAUUUGGUUUGGUGUGUUCUGCAGUGGACAAGUUGACGGGCCAGAACGUCGCCGUCAAGAAGAUCAUGAAGCCGUUUCUGACAUCGGUGUUGGCCAAGAGAACUUAUAGAGAGUUGAAGUUGUUGAAACACUUGAAGCACGAGAACUUGAUCACGUUGGACGACAUCUUCUUAUCGCCGCUUGAAGACAUCUACUUCGUCAACGAGUUACAAGGAACAGACUUACACCGGUUGUUGACGUCGAGACCGUUGGAAAAGCAGUUCAUUCAAUACUUUACCUACCAGAUCUUGCGGGGGUUGAAGUAUAUCCAUUCGGCCGGUGUGAUUCAUCGUGAUUUGAAGCCUUCGAACAUCUUGAUCAAUGAAAACUGUGACUUGAAGAUCUGUGACUUUGGCUUGGCCAGAAUCCAGGAUCCUCAGAUGACCGGAUAUGUGUCUACAAGAUAUUACCGUGCACCGGAAAUCAUGUUGACGUGGCAGAAGUACGACACCGAAGUCGAUUUAUGGUCUGUGGGCUGUAUUUUGGCAGAGAUGAUCGAAGGAAAGCCAUUGUUUCCGGGCAAAGACCACGUCCACCAGUUCUCUAUCAUCACGGAAUUAUUGGGAUCGCCUCCACCAGACGUCAUUGAUACCAUUUGUUCUGAAAACACCCUCAGAUUCGUACAAUCGUUGCCCCACAGAGAUCCUAUUCCGUUCAAUGAAAGAUUCGCACAAUGUACCCAUGUAGAGCCAGAAGCUAUUGACUUGUUAGCCAAGAUGCUUAUUUUUGACCCCAAGAAGAGAAUUAGUGCUGCUUCCGCUUUAACUCAUCCAUACAUGGAACCUUACCAUGAUCCUACCGAUGAGCCUAUUUGUGAAACCAAGUUUGACUGGAGUUUCAACGAUGCUGACUUGCCUGUAGACACAUGGAGAGUGAUGAUGUACAGCGAGAUUCUAGAUUUUCACCAGAUAGGUGGUGUAGGAGAAGAAGCUGGUCAGAGUGUAACUCAAGAAGAAAUAGCCCAUAUUCAGCAGGACGGCAUUCAGGCCCCACAACAACCCCAGGAACAGCAAGUAGAAUAG